AUGAGCAACGGAAGCAAAAACGAUUUGUUUCUUUCCAAAGGCACUUGCUUCUUUGCCAAGGGUCAAGUGGCGGACCCCCGCUUCAUUCCCUGCGGUAAUGCCGAUAUUUCUGGUCCACAACCUUGUUGUUAUGAAGGAGACUUCUGUCUCUCAAGCGCCGUCUGCUGGGACAAUGAAAGAUGCACUGAUGCAACCUUCACCUCGUCGAAAUGCGUCACGAGGUUCGAGUAUCCCGACCAGCAAUGGGUUGCCAUGGCACGUUGCGAUGGUGCCGACGUAUCCAUUUGGUCAGGAUGUGCCAAGCAUCCAGACUUGAUCGAGAUAAAGAAGGAGAACUGUCAGUGUACAGCUUCGAAGGCGUUGAUCAACAACCCCAACGGCAAAUCCAGCUUCGACUUGGUUGGCAGCCUACCUCCUACAGCCGGUGGUACAAUCUCGUUUGACCCCACAGCCAUUCCGACCUCGAUAUCCGCGUGGUCUUCCGGAUCAACUCCAGCUCCCACAGGUACUGUGAUAUCACCUAUGACGCCACCAUCAAGUGCAUCUUCUUCGCAUCAACUAUCCACAGGAGCGAAAGCCGGUGCGGGCCUAGGUGCAACCUCAGGCGCUCUCCUCACUGGUGUACUUGCUUACUUGGCUAUAAAGCUGCGACGCAAGAAAACCACCGCUCCUGAACUGGAUCCGCACCAGCAAGCACAGCCCAGUACUCCAGCCCAACUUUCAGCAAGUAACGAGCCACCUAAUCCGCGUGAGGAUCGCAAAACCACCGACUACGAUACAGUCUUCUACAGGGAUAAGCCUGAACUCCAUGCUGACACUGCACAUAAGUCUGAGCUGCCAGGCGAUGAAUUACAUUCUGGCAAAGAGAUUUCGGAGUUGUCAAACAAAGAGGCGGAUGGUAACACCAAAGCAAUUUCGUCACUAUCAGGGAUGUCGCCUCAAAGUACUGGUGGAUUAGACAAUAGGGUAGACUCCGUGGGCCUGGGAGGGGCUUAUGUUAAUAAGAAUUAG